CAGGUGAGUGGGAGGGGUAGGAAUGAUGACAUCAACAGUGAAGGAGGUGGGGCUCAGAGGUUAGUAGGUAAAACGCUAGUUCCUUAGAGAAGGCAACAAUUCCUCUGGAGCCUUCCUGUAGUCAUGGGAAAGAAACAAGAUGAGAUUUAUGGGAAAGCUGUCAAAUAUGAUCCUACUUUCAAAGGCCCCAUCAAGAACAGGAGUUGCACUGAUGUCAUCUGUUGUGUCCUCUUCCUGGUGUUCAUUGCAGGCUACAUUGUUGUGGGGAUUGUGGCCUGGUUAUAUGGAGAUCCUCGUCAACUUCUUUAUCCCAGGAACUCUACAGGAGCCUAUUGUGGGAUUGGAGAAAACAGAAAGAAGCCAUACCUCUAUUACUUCAAUAUCCUCAGUUGUAUCACGGCUACUAGUAUUGUUACAGCCACUAUGGAUGGACUUCAGUGCCCUACUACCCAGAUCUGUGUUUCUUCCUGCCCUGAUUCAUAUUGGAUGGUGAAUCCUGUUCAGAUGUCUCAGUCUGUGAAGGAUGUCUUCAAUUCAUCCAUGGUCUUCUGCCAGCCCAGUGUCAAUCCAGAAAUGGAAGUGAUUUCAAGUCUGCAACAGGAGCUCUGCCCUACUUUCCUCCUACCCUCUACUCCAGCUCUGGGCCGAUGUAUGCCUUCUAUCAAAUCUGAGAUUCCUCCUGACUCUCCAUUCAACAUGACCAAUAUCACUCAAGGCAUCAAUGGUCUCUUGGACACCCUUAAUGCCCGAGAAAUCAGCACCAAGAUUUUUGAAGAUAUUGCUCAGUCCUGGUACUGGAUCCUAAUUACCCUGGCUAUAUCUCUGGUCUUGAGCUUAUUGUUUUUGCUGUUACUUCGCCUUAUUGCGGGACCCCUGGUGUUGGUGCUGAUUUUGGGAGUGCUAGGAGUUCUUGCAUAUGGGAUCUACCACUGUUGGAGGGAAUACAAGAUACUUCGGGAUAGAGGAGCUAAGAUUUCCCAGCUGGGCUUUACCAUCAACCUUGCUGCCUACCAAGAUGUGCAAGAGACCUGGCUAGCUGCUUUGAUUAUGAUUUCCAUCCUGGAGGGGAUUCUUCUGCUGCUUUUGAUCUUCCUCAGACAAAGGAUCCGGAUAGCCAUUGCUCUCCUUGAGGAAGCCAGCAAGGCUGUGAAGCAGAUGACAUCCACCUUGUUUUUCCCAAUCCUGACUUUUGUCUUCCUGCUCAUAUGUGUGGCCUAUUGGGUUAUGACAACUCUGUAUCUGGCCACAUCUGGACAACCUCAGUAUGGAUGGUGGGUUUCCAAUGACAGUGAUGCAGACUGUCAAGAUAUCAUCAAUAAAACAUGUAAUCCCCUGGUCAAUUUCUCCAGCCAACUCAAUUUCUCCAUUGCCAAGUGUCCAGGUCUAAAUUGCCAGUUCCUAGGUUACUCCUCUUCUGGGCUAGUCCAGCGUUCACUAUUUAAUCUGCAGAUCUAUGGGAUCCUAGGAUUGCUUUGGACACUGAAUUGGGUUUUGGCCUUAGGGCAGUGUGUCCUGGCUGGAGCCUUUGCUUCCUUUUAUUGGGCCUUCAACAAGCCCCAAGAUAUCCCUUCCUAUCCUCUCAGUGCUGCUUUCUUCAGGACUCUCCGUUACCACACAGGGUCCCUGGCCUUUGGAGCCUUAAUCUUGACUGUGGUCCAGUUAGUGAGGAUUAUCUUGGAGUACUUGGACCACAAACUAAGAGGAGCCCAGAACUCCCUGACCCGAUGUCUUAUGUGUUGUCUCAAAUGCUGCUUUUGGUGUCUAGAGAAAUUCCUCAAAUUCUUAAACCGAAAUGCAUACAUCAUGAUUGCUAUUUAUGGGAAGAAUUUCUGUAUUUCUGCUAAAAAUGCCUUCAUGCUGCUCAUGAGAAACAUUAUUAGGGUAGUUGUCCUAGAUAAAGUGACAGAUUUGCUGCUCUUCUUUGGAAAACUGCUGGUGGUUUCAGGAGUUGGCAUCCUCUCUUUCUUUUUCUUCACUGGCCGAAUCCCAGCCCUGAAGGAGGAAUUUCGUUCUCCCAACCUCAAUUAUUUUUGGCUCCCAAUCAUGAUAUCCAUCCUUGGUGCUUAUGUCAUUGCUUCUGGCUUCUUCAGUGUCUUCAGUAUGUGUGUGGACACUCUUUUCCUCUGUUUCUUGGAAGACUUGGAGCGGAAUGACGGCUCCCUGACCAAGCCCUACUAUAUGCCCAAGAACCUCAUGAAGAUUCUGGGGAAGAAGAACGACAACACCUCCAAGGGAAAGAAGAAAAAGGCGAAAUAACCAAACCUUGCCUCAGAAGAUUCUCACUCCGGCUUCGGUCCCCAGUCCUCGCCUCUCCCCCCUUCCCAGUUCCCUAAGCUUCCAGAUACAGAUUUUGUAAUCUGCAGAGUUUAAUAAAAGCAUUUCCCUCCCACAAA